AUGUCAGCCCUACGGAUAUUGGUGCCCGUCAAGCGGGUUAUUGACUAUGCGGUCAAGCCGCGAGUCAACAAGGCCCAGACGGGCGUCGAGACAGCCGGUGUCAAGCACAGCAUGAACCCCUUCGACGAGCUAUCGGUCGAAGAGAGCGUGCGCAUCCGCGAGGGGAAGAAGACCCCUGUCGAGGACAUUUGCGUCAUCAGCGCCGGGCCGACCAAGGCCCAGGACAUCCUGCGCACCGCCAUGGCCAUGGGCGCCGACCGGGCCAUCCACGUCGAGACCAAGGAGGGCGAGGACCUCGAGCCGUUGGGCGUCGCCAAACUGCUCAAGGCCGCCACCGAACAGAACAAGAGCAACCUGGUGAUCCUGGGCAAGCAGAGCAUCGACGACGACGCCGGCCAGACGGGCCAGAUGCUGGCCGGUCUGCUGGGCUGGGCGCAGGCCACCCAGGCGAGCAAGAUCGAGUUCACCGGCGGCGAUUCCGUGCAGGUGACGAGGGAGGUGGAUGGCGGUGUCGAGACGCUCAAGGCCAAGCUGCCCAUGGUCAUCACGACCGACUUGCGCCUCAACGAGCCCCGGUACGCGAGCUUGCCCAACAUCAUGAAGGCCAAGAAGAAGCCGCUCGAGAAGAAGACGCUGGCGGAUUACGGUAUUACGGCCGAGAAGAGGCUCAAGACUAUCAAGGUCACCGAGCCUCCCCCGAGACAGGGUGGUGGCAAAGUGGAGGAUGUGGAUGGCUUGGUCUCGAAGCUCAAGGAGCUUGGUGCUCUUUAA